AUGAGAUCCGCGAUCGUGCUCGUCGGUCUGUUAGCGGGGCUAGCGUGCGGGAGGUGCAAUGGGGAGGAAAAGGAGAGGGGCGUGACGGAGCACCACCUCGGCUCUCAGCCCAGCCUGUCCUCCGAGCUGUGCAGCCUGAAAGCUCGCGUGGAACGACUGGAAAACGACCUGAAAGCACUCCCUAAGGUGGCAUUCUCUGUGGCCCUUCGAGAGUCAGGCUCUGGGAACAUAGGACCUUUCCAGACUGACACUGUGAUCCAGUACGCAAAGGUUUUUGCCAACAUUGGCAAUUACUAUAACCCCUCUACAGGCAUUUUCACAGCCAUGGUGAAGGGAGUUUACUUCUUCACUUUCACUGCGUUUAACACCCUGGACAUGACUCCCAACACCAAUGUGGUCUUGAUGAAGAACGGAGAGAGAACCGUCUCCGUGUGGGACAAAUCAGGGCAGGACGCCAACGACAAUGCCAGCAACGCUGUGGUCCUCCAGCUUGAAGUGGGAGACAGUGUGUCCGUCCACCUCAAGUCAAACACCCGCGUUUAUGAUGACAUGGGAUACUACAACUCCUUCAGCGGCUUCUUGCUUUUUGCAGUCUGACUUGCUUUGAGAAAUAAAAUGAAAAGUCAAAAAAUGAAUAUAUUAAGUCAAAUGUCAGUGUUCCCACUGCUUGAUCCAGCUUUGGAAGUUUAAUGCAGAUGACAGGAUUAAUAAAGAAGUGUAUAUCAAUAUA